AUGAAAGAAGAGGGCCUCCUGAGGCGCAGGUCAUGUGCCGGGGUCUCACCUGGCACCUUCCUCCCAAGGCCUGAUGGACGAAAGCUUGUCAGAAAUGCAUCAUUUGGAGGAUACAAUGAGCUCUCCCCCUGCUGUGCCAGGUUUCGACAGGGGCAAGGAUGAAACCUUGCAAAUUAAAGAUGACUCUUCUCACUCCAUGUCCAAGAGCAAGUCAGAGUCUAAAUUAUAUAAUGGGUCUGAAAAAGACAUUGCAUCUGCCUCAAGCAAACUUACAAAAAAGGAAUCACUCAAGGUGCAAAAGAAAAAUUAUAGGGAGGAGAAGAAGAGGGCCACUAAAGAAUUGCUCAGUACAAUCACAGAUCCAUCAGUUAUUGUCAUGGCAGAUUGGCUAAAGAUUAGAGGGACAUUAAAAAGCUGGACGAAACUGUGGUGUGUGUUAAAACCGGGGGUCUUGUUAAUCUAUAAAACUCCCAAAAAUGGACAGUGGGUAGGCACAGUUCUACUGAAUGCCUGUGAAAUCAUUGAGAGGCCGUCUAAAAAGGAUGGAUUCUGCUUUAAACUUUUCCACCCACUGGAACAGUCAAUCUGGGCUGUUAAGGGUCCUAAAGGUGAAGCUGUUGGAUCCAUUACUCAGCCUCUUCCAGGCAGUUACUUGAUUAUAAGAGCUGCGUCAGAAUCAGACGGAAGGUGCUGGAUGGAUGCACUAGAGCUGGCUCUAAAAUGCUCCAGUUUGCUGAAACGCACCAUGAUCAGGGAAGGUAAAGAGCAUGACCUGAACUCCUCUAAUGAGAACAGCCAUGUAAACUUCUAUGGCUUGCUAAGGGCAAACAACAUCCACAGCAAUGAAAAUUUCCAGUUAAAUGACAGCGAAAUUGAAAGGCAACACUUUAAAGACCAGGACACUUAUUCUGACAAAUCCGAUAAGGAGAAUGACCAUGAUCACGAGGAAUCUGAUAAUGAUGGGCUUGGCAAAAGUGAGGAGAGUGACAGUGACACCUCAGAGAGACAGGAUGACUCAUUUAUUGACCCUGAACCAACUGAUAUAAUAAAGGGGGCGACAUAUUUGGAAGAGUCCCAUGAAGAACUGGGAGAGGCUGGUGAAGCAUCACAGACUGAGACUGUUUCAGAAGAGCACAAAAGUUUGAUCUGGACAUUACUGAAGCAGGUGCGGCCGGGGAAUGGACCUGUCCAAAGUGGUGCUUCCUACCUUCAUACUGGAACCCCGUUCAUUCUUGGACAAGCUCUCAGACUAUUACUAUCAUGCUGACUUUCUGUCUGAAGCGGCUCUAGAAGAAAAUCCCUACAGCCGGAUGAAGAGAGUAGUGAAGUGGUAUCUGUCGGGAUUCUACAAAAAGCCAAAGGGUCUGAAAAAACCUUAUAACCCUAUUCUUGGUGAAACCUUCCGCUGCUUGUGGAUCCAUCCAAAAACCAAUAGCAAGACCUAUUACAUUGCUGAGCAGGUUUCCCAUCAUCCACCAGUGUCUGCCUUUUAUGUCAGUAAUCGCAAAGAUGGAUUUUGUCUUAGUGGAAGCAUUCUGGCCAAAUCAAAAUUUUAUGGCAAUUCUUUGUCAGCUCUUCUGGAAGGAGAAGGCAGACUAACAUUCCUUAACAGAGGAGAGGACUACACGAUGACCAUGCCAUAUGCACACUGUAAAGGAAUUCUUUAUGGCACAAUGACUCUAGAGCUUGGAGGAAAUGUCACCAUUACCUGCGAGAAAACUGGGUAUAGUGCCAUUCUGGAGUUUAAAUUAAAGCCCUUUCUUGGUAGUGACGACAGUGUAAAUCAGAUAUCAGGGAAGAUAAAGUUGGGAAAGGAAGUCUUGGCAACACUGGAGGGGCACUGGGACAGUGAAGUAUUUAUUAAUGACAAGAAGACAGAACUAUCCGAAACUUUCUGGAACCCAACAUCUGAGAUAAAGCAGCGCAGAUUAACACGUUGCACAGUUCACCACGAUGAGCAAGGAGAGUUUGAAUCUGAAAGACUCUGGCAGCUUGUUACAAAGGCAAUCAAUAGCAAGGAUCAAACAGAAGCCACUCAGGAGAAGUUCGUCUUAGAAGAAGCUCAGAGGAAAGCUGCCAAAGAGAGAAAAGCCAAAGGUGAAGAGUGGACUUGCCAUCUCUUUGAACAAGAUCCAAUCUCUGGAGAAUGGCAUUACAAAUUUGCUGAUUCUCGACCAUGGGACCCGCUAAAUGAUCUGGUUCAGUUUGAAAACGAUGGUGCUAUCCAGACAAAAGUCAGGCAUAGGACUCCAAUGGUACGUUCGGGCAGUGUAAUUAGUCUCAGUAACCAAGGGGCAAAGCGGGAGAAAUGCAAUUAUCAGGUGUGUGUUCCAAAGCUCAAACAUAAGUCAAGUGGGCAGCAGAAGAAAGGAGAAAGUGGCUGUUCCUCCCCAGAACUGGAUAACCAGGAUUCCUCAGGGAGUGAAGCACAUCUACUAACACACAGCACUCGAAGCAGGAAAAAGGGAGCAGACCACGGAGAACUUUUAAGUGCCAUAGACUCUGUAAAGAAAACUCAAGAGGAAAUCAACCGGAACAUCAUUGCUCUGCGUAGCCGUUUGUCUACAAAUGCCUCAAACACAGAUAGCAAUUUUCUUCAGCAAAGAGACUAUUGUAUUAUCAUCUUCCUGAUUUUGCUGCAGAUUGCCAUUAACUAUCUGUUCAAGUAA